AUGAGCUUUGUAUUUGCCUGCCCCGAUUUAACUUCAAAAGGCGGUUAUUGGGCUAAAUCACUUGCUGAGAGAUUCUCUGUCCAAGGCUUAAUUCUCCAUUUUUUCAUUAAUGACAGUGGAGAAAUGCAUUAUGGAGUAAAUGGAGUCCAUAAAGGACUUUUCUUGAGUGGAAUAAAUGUAAAUUCUCCAUUGUGGACAAUUGUUGAUAUUUAUGGAAAUUCUGUAGCUGUUGAAUUUGUUGGUAUGGAUUUCCUUUGUUUUUAA